GAUCCUCGCCGCAGGCCUUGGAAGCGGGCUAGCAAGAAAGAAAGGCAGUAGCCUUCAGGCUCUCUGCUAGCCUUAGUCGCAGAUGGGGUGCCCCUGGGUCCCCCGAGUUUCUAGCCAGCCCCCUGCUCGAGGCAGUGCUACCCUGCCACUUCCAAAGCGUCUCCGGGCGGCUGCAGACCCUGGGGAGGGUGAGGAAACGGCUGUCGGGUGGUGACUGAGCGGGUUUUGUGCCCCUGCAUGGCUGCAGCACCAGACUGGUACAUGCUUGAGUCUUGCCCCGCACCCAAGACGCAGUUCUGGGUUUCCGGAUUACCGGAAGUGUCGGUGAAAGGUACUGACCCACAUACACGUGGGUGGGCGGUGCCCUGGAAUGCGUGGUUACUGUAGACUGCUUCUUAGUCACCUAGGCUUCUAGUUCCUGUUUUGAUUCCCUCCCUCAACCUAUUUACUUGGAGGACUCUUUUGGGCUUUGCAAAAGGAAUCUGUUACUAACGAAACCUUGAAUCGUGCGACAUUUAACCAAUCAGGUGAUGGUAAUUAUUGAAAUAUUGGUCUUAAUAGCAAGCCAGUAGUUGCCACGAUUUUUCCCGCCUUCAUCUUGACGCUUACUGUUGUAGGUAGUCUUUUCCAGUGAUCACUCACAAUGUGAAUUUUCUGAUCCAUCCACAUUUUUUAUUGGGAGCUUUGUUGAAAUGUGUCGUCGUUGAGAAAAAUCUACCAAAUUAACAGGAUGUCGAGUCCCUUUUUGUCUGCUGAGUUGUGUGACUUGUGAGAACUGUUUAAAAAUUUAGAGCAGGAAAUAAACCACCUAUAUCACAGAGACUUACUUGACAAUUGUUACAUCGCUUUUUGAGUUUGGAAAAGAGAGCAACCACAAUACGUAUCUUGUAGAAUGAGUUGUUUAGGUUUGACGUGCAUGUAAUGCUUGUCAUAAAUUUUGCUCGGAAUAUGUUUCUUUUGAGAAUAGAGGAAGGUGAACUAAAAAUAAAAACAAAAUGCAUAACUUAAAUAAUACAGGUACUCUGCUACAUUUUAAGCUUAUGUACAGAUGUUAAGUUUUUUUAUGUGUUUGAGAGGUCAGAAACUUAAUCAUUAGAAGUUACCUUUUUUAUUUUUUCUUUUCAACAAAAAUAUUUUGGAGUGCAUAUUUGUUAAGGUUAUAAAUGUGAAUAAAACUUGUCCCUGUUUAUUGUCUGAGGAGAAAUCUGACAUAGCUGACUUUAAGUCUUCCAAGUCCACAUAUUGCAGAUAUUCCAGGCAAGGUAUAAACAUUUUCCCAGCAUCUAAUGUUAUAUUAAAACCUAGUGUUUACUUCUCUUAGUUUUAGGAAUUCAGCAAACUGCUAGAGUAACACACAGUACUUAAUCAUUUAGGAGCACAGACUGUGAAAUAGAGUUUAAGACAUGGAGGAUCCUUAGAAAUUGAUUAAGCUUUCUCUUUCAGGGGAAUUCAGCCUUGAGAGGUGGCUAAUAACAGCCAGGAUUAAGAACCUGUUUUGUCCUCCUGACUCUGGUGCUUUCUACUGUUAGAAGCUGACCCAGAAAUGGAAAGAAGAUCUGAACCAAUGAUGCUGGGUUCACCUACCUCUCCAAAGCCAGGAGUUAACGCUCAGUUUUUACCUGGAUUUUUAAUGGGGGAUUUGCCAGCUCCAGUGACUCCACAGCCUCGAUCAAUUAGUGGCCCUUCAGUAGGAGUAAUGGAAAUGAGAUCACCUUUACUUGCAGGUGGGUCACCACCACAACCAGUUGUACCAGCUCAUAAAGAUAAGAGUGGAGCUCCACCAGUUAGAAGUAUAUAUGAUGACAUUUCCAGCCCAGGACUUGGAUCGACACCUUUAACUUCAAGAAGACAAGCAAACAUUUCAGUACUGCAGAGUCCUCUUGUUGGAGUUACCACAACUACUCCUGGAACAGGACAAAGUAUGUUUAGUCCAGCAAAUAUUGGUCAACCACGAAAGACUACAUUAUCUCCUGCCCAGUUGGAUCCUUUUUAUACUCAAGGAGAUUCUCUGACAUCAGAAGAUCACCUCGAUGACACUUGGGUGACUGUGUUCGGGUUUCCUCAGGCAUCUGCUUCCUAUAUACUAUUGCAAUUUGCACAAUAUGGGAAUAUCUUAAAACAUGUGAGACAACUUCAUUCUUUGCAGAUGUCUAACACAGGAAAUUGGAUGCAUAUUCGUUAUCAAUCUAAACUGCAAGCCCGGAAAGCCUUAAGUAAAGAUGGUAGGAUUUUUGGAGAGUCCAUCAUGAUUGGCGUAAAACCAUGUAUAGAUAAAAGUGUUAUGGAAAACAGUGACAGAUGUGCUUUAUCAUCUCCAUCUCUAGCCUUUACACCACCAAUCAAAACCUUAGGUACACCAACCCAACCUGGAAGUACUCCUAGGAUUUCUACCAUGAGACCUCUUGCUACAGCAUAUAAAGCUUCUACUAGUGACUAUCAGGUUAUUUCUGACAGACAAACACCAAAAAAAGAUGAAAGUCUUGUAUCAAAAGCAAUGGAGUACAUGUUCGGCUGGUAGUAUAAUAAAAACUAAGAACUCAACUACAAAAAAGUAGGUUGCUACACUAAAACAGCGGAGUACUGCCUGUUUCCUUCGGUUAGUUAUAUAACCACUCCUGGCAGUAUUGGGAUGCUGUCUCAUUCUUCUUUUAGAAGCCUUUUUUCUUUAAGGAUACAACAUAUCUGUAGCUCGCACUUUAAAAGAUGGUUGAUACAUUUUUAAGAAACUAAAAAUCCCUGUAAAUAGGAUUUUAUGCUUUCUGUGAUAGUGCAUGCUUAAGUAUAAAAAAACCAACAUUGAUUACUGUAAAUUAUAUGAUGGAGUUUAUCGUAAGGCUCCUUGGUCUUCUUGAGAAGGGGGAUGAAUUUUAUGAAGUGGAACUGUACAGCUGCUUCUACUAAGGCACAAAGAUUAUAAUUAGAAGUUUGAAUUAUGGUCUUUUAAUAGCAUUGAAGAUUUUCAUUAUCCUUGCUUGUAUACGUUCUGUCGUGCAUUGUCAUCUUUUAGUGUUUAAAACCAGAACAGUCUUUUUAAAAAUUUACUACUCAAGUCACAUUUCUUGAUAAUAAACUUUGUCAAUUAUAUGUAUUGAA